UGAAAAUCAAGGAUGAAAUUGAUAGUCUUUUGUUUGCUAAUUAUCGCCAUCUUCCAUGCAGCUCCUAGUGUUGAGGGCGAUGUCAGCUUCACUUUGAAGGGUGUCACUAAAAAAUCCUAUGGAGCUUUCCUCAAAUUCUUUAGAGGCGAUGUUCCCGUUGAAAGUAAGACUGUGUUCGGUAUACCUCUACUGCGAGCCACUGUUACGGGUGCAAAUCGCUACACACGAAUCCAUCUUUCAGACCGUGAUGAUCAUACCAUCACCCUGGCUAUAGACGUAACAAACGUUUAUGUUCUCGGGUUUUACACCCCAAAGUGUGACGUAUCCCACUUUUUUAACGAUUCUGCUGCCAUUCAAGCUAAGAAAUAUGUAUUCACCAAUUCAAAGGGGCAAAUAACACUUCCGUUCGACGGCAGUUACUCAAAACUUCAAAGGGCUGGUGGCGAUCGAGAAAAGCUCGACCUUGGACUCGUAGCCGUCAACUUUAACAUUCCCAAGUUGUUUGACUACAGCUGCCCCAACUCCACGCAAACGCUAAGCGACGUUGCAAAGGCAUGCGUUGUAGUCAUUCAGACCAUUUCUGAGGCUGCAAGAUUUCAAAAUAUUGAGAACGCAGUUCAAAACAACAUGCCACCAACUCGAGAAAUUCUAUCUUUGGAGAAUAAUUGGGGUGCUCUCUCGAAACAAGUUCAGCUGGCAGACCCUAAUACUGGACGGUUUAAAGCUACCGUUCAGCUUAUUGGCGAGACAGGUAAUCCAGUUAAUGUAAUGGAUGUCAAUUCACCGUAUGUAAAAGGCAACCUCCAGUUGCUGCUGAACCAACAGAAUGUUCAACCUAUGCCUACACUGUAACUUUGGAGAAGCAGCAACUACGUGAGACAACUCCACAUGAACAACAUUUUUUUAUGUUGUGUGUUUUGAGUUUAAUCCUUAAUGUUGGUGUGCAAAUAAGACAUGCUCUGAAUUUGUGCUUUGUUCCAAUUUCUGUGAAGUAAUAACAAGU